AUGGAGAUGGACUUCCCUUCCAGCCCUCCCACUGAACCAGGCACCGGUCCUCCCCUUUCCAGUCCCACCACCGAACUGGACCCCGGCCGGCCCCGUUCCAGUUCUCCUACCGAGCCGGGUACUGGUCCUCCUCGUUCCAGUUCCCCCACGGAGCCUGGCACCGGCCCUCCCCCCGAAGCAGAGCACACUGACAGCGACAGCGUUACCGAAACGGGCAGCAGCUACACCGUCACGGGCACCACGACCAGGCCGACAAACCUACCCAAGCUCUACCUCUGGAAGACCACCUACCCCUACACCGUCACGCCCAUCGACACCAGCCCAGUCAACACCAACCCGGUCAAGAACAACCUGCCCACCACCAAGCCCCCCACCAACAACCCCAACGCCGUCCCGCUCUCCACCAUCCUCGAAAUCAAAGAAGAACUCAUCUCCCAAGUCCUCACCCUGUGGGCAUCCCAUCAAUACCCCAUCCCCGACCCCGCCGUCGCAGCCGAAAUGACCGCCAUGUCCUGGGACUACGAUUCGCUGCCGGCGUCAGGCCCCGGUUGUCUGAUGAAGCUGACGCGUACCCAGGAAGGGGAGUACGUUUACAUGCCGUAUGAUGAUAAUAUGGAUGGGAUAGAGGAGUCGAUGGUUGCGCGGGUGGAGAAGACGGCCGAGUGGAUGAGGGAUCCGGAGAAUUUGGCGGCGAUUCGCAGGCUGGAUGGGGUGUUGGAACGGGAGGUGGAUGAGAAUUGUUUUUGGGAGUUGUUGGAGCAGGGUGGGGGGGUGGAGAGGGUUGAUAUGAUUGGGAAGGUCAAGAUGCUCGCACGCCAACGCCUCACACAGAAAGGCGGCAUCGAUGUCUUCGCCUACAACCCGCGCAUGCCCUUCUUCCGCGUCGGCGCCAUCGACGUGACCUACCUCGGCCAAGUCAAGAUGCGCUGGUUCAAGUUCCCCUGGGACAGCGCCGAGCAGCCCAUCAUCAACGCGGUCAAUGGCUUUUGUGGCACCGCGCAGAACCCGUCUUUCGACCCUGCCCAAGCACUCGCCUCGUUGAUCACGCAGCUCGAGGCUAUCCACCACCCGCAGCCCACGGCGCAGGCGGCUGAGGAGAUGAUUGCGCUGGUGAAGGCGCAGGGCCCGAUCCAGGAGCCGGCGAAGGAUGGGUGGGUGUAUAUAUUUUCGGACUGGGACAAGCUCGGCCAGCCGCUGGAGAGGAUGGGGUGGACGCAUACGGAGAAGUCGCCGAAUGAUAUUAAGCGGCUGAGACGGUUGAGUCGGGAGAAGAGCCAGUGGCCGAUUUUCGUGAGGCCCUCCCUCCUCCAGCACUACAACCGCUGUGUAAAACUCGCCAAGUUCCAAUGGUCCCAAAUGCAAUACUGCCACAUGCUCGAGCAACAGGCGCUCCAACGCGGGGGCUACUACUCGAAAGAAGAGGAACCCUAUUUUCAACAGGGCUAG